AUGACUUCCGUCAGUGGAGAUGUAAACACAUCUAAGUUAAAGUUCAGUGUGGAUAGUAUACUUGGGAAUAAUGAUUCGUCAUCGAAUAAUCAAGUGCCAGAAUCUCGCAGCCAGGAGCCUCCUUGUGCGGGGUGCGUUGCUGCUCUGUACAGAUGUUGCAGAGAUGAGCCCCCUCUUCUACAAUUGCAACUACCAUUGCCAUAUGCACAUUUACACCCUGCUUUGAGACCUACUUCUGCAGUGUACCGCCUACCUAUUCCAACCUCGUCCCCAACGCAGUCUACGCCGCGGUGUGACGUGUCUUCGAGCGGGAAACGGAAACGAUCCUGGUCUAGAGCCGUAUUCAGUAAUCUACAAAGGAAAGGCUUAGAAAGAAGGUUCCAGAUACAAAAAUACAUUACCAAGCCCGAUAGGCGACAGUUGGCCGCGACAUUGGGCCUUACUGAUGCUCAGGUCAAAGUUUGGUUUCAAAAUCGUCGAAUGAAAUGGCGACAUACGAAAGAAGGACGUGCAGGCAUUGGCACGGUUGCGGCUAGAGAUCCAGACUCUACAGCCAACGAUGACAAUGAAGAUGUAGACGUCGAUACGCUUAGUGAU